AUGCGGGGAGCUACGCUGCGGCCACAGAGGCUGUUAUCGUCGGUGCGCGUCGGAUAUUCACCAUCGCGACCAGUCUGUCUUCUAUGUCAGCACAAGCAGAUCGCAUUGAAGACACUCCAACUACCCUCCGCGCAACGACGCAGUCUGGCGUCGACAUCAAAAUACUCUUACCCAGACCGAAGCCCCGGCGAACAGCAAAGUGCCAACAGCACCCUCACCCCCGACAUCACAAACCACUACACAAUAUUCCCGAACACUCUCCCUCGGGGACCUCCUCCCAAUUCGCCAUUCACAUUCGACGUAUCUGCCCUACGUCGUGAGUUCCUUCAACUCCAAGGCGCCGUGCACCCCGACAAAUUUCCCCAGGGCCCCGAAAAGCAACGCGCCGAAGCCCUCUCGUCUCGCAUCAACGACGCAUAUCGCACUCUGAUCGACCCGCUGAGUCGCGCGCAAUACCUCCUUGCGGAGAUACACGGCAUUGACGUUUUGGCGGAGGACGGCGCAUCGAAAUACGCGCUUGACUCAGAAACACUGAUGGAGAUAAUGGAUGUUCAGGAGACGGUGGAGGAAUUAUCGUCUGCACCUGUUGGGGAGGCAGAGGCUACUGUCCACCGACUCCGUUCAGAGAAUGCGGCUCGGAUCGAGGAGUCAGUGGCGAAGUUGCAAAAGGCGUUUGAUGAAGGGGACAUUGAGACGGCGCAGAUGGAGACUGUGCGGUUGAGGUUUUGGUAUAGUCUGAGAGAUGGGUUAAAAGAGUGGGAGCAUGGGCAUGGGGAGAUUCGGAUUGUGCAUUGA